AUGGAAACCUCGGGGCGACACGGCGCCUCCGGCUGCUACACCCCUCCCGCGGCAGACAGGCUCUGGAGGCAGCGCUCCUCUCCGGCACCUGUUGUGUCCGCCUUCUUGCCGCGCGGCGGCCACGGUGGCCAGGCGCGAAGAAAGAUCAGGAGCGCGCGUCUGGGCGGGAUUGGGAAGGUUGGGCACCGCAACGGCGAGGAGGCGGAGUUGGGCCCUGCUGCCUUGCCAGGCGGCGGCAUGGGGUUCGCGCGAGCGCUGUGGAUGCGGAUCGUCACGAAGGUGAUGAGCCGGAGGGGUUCCUCCGUGAAGGAGCGGUACGCGCAGGAGGAUUACGAGCAAAACUUCGACGAGGGCGACGCGGCUGGGGAGCCCGAGAACCUCCCGCGGUCCUUCUCCGCGCGGUACGCCCGUCGGCGUCCUGCUGGGAUGGCGUUCUCGGAUAUAGCUCACCGCCGGCAUUUGCAUCCUGAUUGUGGGUAA